GGGGACCCGGCGGUCCCGCCGCCCACAGGGGUGGCAUGCUUUUACUAUUGAACAAUGUGAAAAAUACACAUAAAGAUAUUGGAAGUAUUUUAUCUCUGAUGGGCGGAGUCGAAUAUUACCAGUCAAAAAUGUAAUGCAUAUUGUUUUGUAAGUGUGCUGUGGGAUACCUGAUGAUGGAUAGACAGCAGAGAUCUUGGAUUUGAGCCUUCUACAGGCUGUCACUUGCAAAUACUGUGUUGUGUUAGCCUUUCUUCCACUGGAACCGGCUGCAUCUGGAAUUGCUCAACUUCAUUUUAAAGUUUGGCUUUCAGCAUCUUUGAGGAUGAAAGCAUGAAACUACGACAGCUGAAACUGCAGAAUCAGAGAGCCCUUCUAGAGAAGAAGCAGAGGAAGAAACGUCUCGAUCCAUUGAUGGUGCAGCCAAAUCCUGAGGCCAAGCCACGCAGGUCAAAGCCCAAAGGGUGCGAGGAGCAGACUCCUUUAGUAGAAACUCCUACCCCUGUCCACAGUGAUGUUGUUUUACAUGGCAUUGAUGGACCAGCUGCUUUCCUGAAAUCAGAAGUGCAGGAUUUGGGGACCAAGCUCCAAACUCUGUCUGUUGGAUCUACUAAACCAGAAGACAAUGCAGAUAAGGAAAAUGAUGGAGAGGCUGUAACAGACACAGCAAGCAAGCCAGAUCUGCAAGAAAUAUUACAGAAACGAGGAAUUUCAGGCAGUUUGAAUUUUGAUGAGGAGGACACAGAAGAGGAAGAAGCUAGUAAGAGACCAGUAUCUCAUUCACCAUACCCUGAAUCUGAGAGGCCAAGUUCUGCAUCCAGCGAGAAGUCUUUUGCAGAAACAGGUGCUUCCUGUAGUCCAUCCCCUCAGGCAGAUGCACAGCUGGGAGAAGUAGAGAACUUGGAGGAUUUUGCAUUGCGCCCUGCACCCCGUGGAAUUAGUGUCAAGUGUCGAAUCACUAGAGAUAAAAAGGGAAUGGACCGAGGGCUCUUCCCUACUUACUACAUGCAUCUGGAAAGAGAUGACAACAAAAAGACAUUCCUUCUUGCAGGGAGAAAAAGAAAGAAGAGCAAAACAUCCAAUUACCUCAUAUCAGUUGAUCCAACUGAUUUAUCUCGGAAAGGGGAAAGCUUCAUUGGAAAACUCAGGUCAAACCUCAUGGGAACCAAAUUUACAGUUUAUGACCAUGGUGUUAACCCAGUCAAGGCACAAAGUCUAGUGGAAAAGGCUCAUACAAGACAGGAGCUUGCAGCUAUUUGUUAUGAAACAAAUAUCUUAGGAUUUAAGGGUCCCAGAAAAAUGUCCGUGAUCAUUCCAGGAAUGAACAUGAAUCAUAAGCGAAUUCCAAUCCGUCCACGAAAUGAGCAUGAGGGUCUGCUGUCAAAAUGGCAAAACAAAAAUUUAGAGAACCUCAUUGAAUUGCACAACAAGGCUCCAGUCUGGAAUGAUGAUACUCAGUCCUAUGUUUUGAACUUCCAUGGGAGGGUCACUCAGGCCUCAGUGAAGAACUUCCAGAUUGUCCAUGACAAUGACCCUGACUACAUCGUGAUGCAGUUUGGUCGUGUAGCAGAAGAUGUGUUCACUCUGGACUAUAAUUACCCUCUCUGUGCUCUUCAGGCCUUUGCUAUUGGACUCUCCAGCUUUGACAGUAAAUUAGUCUGUGAGUGAGGGACAACAGACAUGAAACAUGGAACUCAAUCCCACCCCUACAUCUUGUAAGAGUUGCAGGUGUAGCAAUGAAGAGCAUAUUGGAAGGGAAAUGGAGGACGGACUUCUGCAGGCUUAUUAGAAAACCAAUUCCAGCCUUCAGAGCAUUGUGGGAGUUGACAGCAGACUACUUUGGGAGCAGCCUCUGCAUGGACUGUGGAAGACCAAGAAAUCUAGGUGAUGUUUCUGUCAAUGGUGUUGAAUCUGCUCUUAGAAUCCUUGUUUACAGAUGCUGCAUGGGAGUGGGCUAAGCCCACUUAUUGGAACUCCUUGCAGCUAGGAUUAGAAAAAUAAUGGCUAAAUGUUCAUUUACCUUGAAGCUUCCAGAAAGCCUCAGAGAUGAUACUAAUCAAGAGUUCCUUAUCAGAUGAACUCAGAAAAAAAAAAAGAACAGCUGGAAUUGGCUCUAAUACAACACUUUUACUCUGUGGAAUGAUUGUCUGCUAAGAUUGAUACUCCAUUUCCCUUCCAGUAUUCUAAUUUCUCUCCAUCCCUUGACAGUCUUUUUUACCAAAUGAAGAACAAUCAAAUCUCAAACACUCCCUUUUCAGUGGCUGAUACUAUAUUCAUUGCUACUUCUGUUACUUCUAACCAUGUGAAAAAUGAGACUGAAUAGAUGAUAGAAUCUGGCUGAAUUUGGCAGAAGAUAGUAUUGUAACAAUAUACAGUACCACUUCUGAAAAGCAGUGUUCUGAUUGGUUGAAUCUAGACUGUAAACUGAUGAGAAAUUUUUAAAUUAUGCCAUUGUUCAUGAAAUUUGUUACAUUUUAGGUAUAAGUUUGUGACCAAUUUUAUUUUUUUUUAAUGUGAGAUUAUCUCAAGGCAUGACAUAGUAAAGUAGAUUUUGUAUAAACAAUUUUAACCUGCCUAUAAGAAGGAGUUACCUCAAAAAGAGAUUACAGGUAUUUUCAAAGGCAUCAGUAACUUUAAUGUAAUUGUACCGCAAGGCUUUGCAAUGUGUCCUUCCAAUGUUCCAUUUUUAAUACUGGAUGUACAGUAUGGAGACUGUCACAGCAUGGAACACUUGAUUCAUGUGGCCUUAACUCACCAGAGUGGAUUGCAGCACGGUGUGGCCUGGAGGCCUCAGUGCACACAUCUGUGUAUUGAAGCACAGAACAAUUACUGUCUUGCCUGCUUCUUGCCUAUUACCUAUAUUCACAAUGGUUUGGAGAAGUCUGUCCCUUUACUGAGACAAGAAUUAGCUGUUCUCCAGCUUUGGAUAUUGUCCUUGUCAGCAGACUAACUCUGUUUCAAGCUGCAAAGAGCAGAUAUAUUGCUUUUGGUCUCUGGAGUCUUUGCAGCAGUAGAUAUCACUUGUGCUUUCAAAUUAACAAAACUUUGUGAAGACGUUUUCUGAUAUUGCCAGAAAGAACAAUGAUUGUAAUCACAAAGUAAAUGCUGUAUGUAACUGUAAAAUAAUGAACUGAGGCUGAGAAGUCCAGCUCUUGUAUCUUUCAGAUGAGCAUUUUUCAGUAGAUGCUGAGAUAUUUCUUUGAGAUGAUCUUAUCAGAAAAGCAGUCUGUGAAGAGAACUUGAAUGCUGAUGGAUCUGUUUUGUGCCUUCCUGCUCAUCAGGCUGAGGAUGACACCUGACAGUGCUUUCCAACUGUGCUCUUCUAAAGUCUUGGGUGAUGGUUCUGCAUUCCUCUGCCCUUCCAGGAAAGGAAGUUGGUUUGUGUACCUGUCUGAUUAUUCUUCUGACUAGGAAUGUGUGAAAGAAACUGCCUUAUGUUAUUUUGGGGUGACCUGAAGGUAGGAUGCUAAUUUCUGAUUCAAGAUGAUUUUCUGUGUUCCCAGAAAGCAUCCUUUUACUUAAUUAGCCUUGUCAGCAGUGACUCUUCAAGCUAUUUCUUCAAAUGAUCAUGUCACAGCCCCUCAGUCAAAUUAUGCAGACAGAUGAACUGAUUCAGUUGUCUUUAUCAGAUACUGUUUUACAUUAAUUGUAUUUAUAACUUUUAUAUCUAAAUGAAAAUAAACUAAUUUAUAUAUUGAAAA